UGUUUGAUGACGAGGCUGCCAUUCUGGAUGACUUCCAGGGGCUGGCGCUCACUUUGAGUCAGAAGUACUCAACAGUGAGCGACAGUGUGGUGCUCGUCGCUAGGGCUCAACAUUAUAGUUUUGUUCUAGUGAUGUACCAGUACAGCUUCCUAGAGGUAAGUGCUGUAGUAGAGGAGGGCUCUAGAGUGCUGGAGUUUGGGACUCUGGCUUUUGGCUUUUGGCACUUUGAGAUAUCCAACCCCUACCCAGUGAGUAUACAUGUGACACUGCUGCUGCCAGCAUGUUUAUGGACUGGUUAUGGUUCUCUCUGGUUUCUCACGAUUCUCUCGGAUUCCUCUCUGGUCUCUUAUGGUUUCCCUCUGUCUUACUCACGGUUUUUCCUCUCCCAGGUGGACUCGUCCUUCGGUCAUCUUUCGUCCCCUGAAGGCUUCACCAUGCAGCGGAUCAAGCCCACUGGCUUGUUCUUCAGUCUGCUGGUGGACUCGUCCUUCAGUCUCUCGUCCCCUGCUGGCCUAACCAUGCAGCAGGUCAAGCCCACUGGCUCCAGCAGUGUGUCAAUCAACACCGAGUGGCCCUCUUGCGCUGCCCACCACAGUGACCAGACCUUGACCUCCCAUCCUGCCAGUGAGUUGCGUACAGGUGUACAUUGGGAAGUGGCCAACCCUGUUCACCUGUCAUCAGAGAAUGGGGUUCUGGUACUAGGUGAGGAAGCUCAAGUUGAGGUUCUCUCACGCCCCAUAGAGGUAUGGAUGUACCAGUUGAUGGCCAGCUGUACCUUCGGAGACCAGGGAGAGAAGAGCGGCUCUUUGGUCUUGCAGCGCACAUUGUCAAUCAACAUCGAGUGGUCCUCUUGUGCUGCCCACCACAACGACCAGACCUUGACCUCCCACCGUGCCAGUGAGCGUUCAGGUGUAGUGGCCAACCCGCUUCGGCUCUCAUCAGAGCAUGGGGUUCUGGUACCAGGUGAGGAGGCUCAAGGUACGGUUCUCUCACGCACCCUAGAGGUGCGUGUGUACCAGUUGGCGGUCAGCUGUACCUACGGGGACCAGGGAGAAAAGAGCUGCUCUAUGGUCGUACAGAGCAUGUUGUCAAUCAACACAGAGUUGCCCUCUUGUGCUGCCCACCACGGUGACCAGACCACCACCUUCCAUGCUGCCAGUGAGCGUACAGGUGAAGUGGCCAACCCGCUUCAGCUCUCAUCAGAGCAUGGGGUGCUAGUACCAGGUGAGGAGGCUCAAGUAGCAGUUCUCUCACGCACCCUAGAUGUGUGCGUGUACCAGUUGACCGCAAGCUGCACCUUCGGGGACCAGGGAGAAAAGAACUGCUCCAUGGUCGUACAAAUGCUUCUAUGUCGGGGGAAAGCCUCAAAUGACUUCUCCGGACCAGACUGCAGGUUCCUAUCUUUCAAGAAGGCAGAGACAAUAUAUGUGUACUAUAAACUCUCAGGACAGAGGUCGGAUGUGUGGGCGGGAAGUGUGGGUAGUCGUUUUGGCUAUUUCCCUAAAGACCUGCUCACCAUUAACCACAUAUACACUGAAAAGGAAAUAGAAGUUUCUGCUGAGGAAACUGAUUUCGUUUGCUUUGACUCUGGCCUGGAUAAGUUUGAAAGUUACGACAUAGACCAUUUGUUGAGCUAUUCUGAAUCGCAAGCAACGACUGAGGAUGCAUCUGUUGAAUCUACUGGAAUCGAAGACACUCCAGUAGUAACACAAGAAGCCGUGUCAUCUCAAGAUGAGACGCCACCAGAGAGUGACCAGGGCAGCCUCGUAGAGGAAGAAAGUGAGCACUUUCUGAGGGAGUCUAAUCUUGAGGAACUGUCACCAGGUCCCAGUGACACGGUUCUCUCAGAUGAUGUGGAGUUGGCCAAUACAUCUGAGGCAUCUGAGGCAGAGCAGGAUGAGGAAGAGAACCCAAAGGAUGAUACCGAGGUUCACUCCGAGAACUCAGUGGAGGCUAAAAGUUCUGAUCUGGUUACACUACUGAAACCAGACAUAGAAACCUCAGAACAGAUAGCCAAAGCGAAAAAGGACAUAAAUAGUCUUGUUGAUUCUUGGAGCACUGAGCAUGAACACCGGUCAUUCGAGGAUGGAAAGGAACCAAACGAAGGUUCUCGACUUCAUCCACAGGUUCCCAACCCCGAUGUUCCAGGUGAUGCCGAACCACUGGACGAUGAUUUGAUCUUUGAAGAAGAAGGUGAAUCCAUUUUUGUGGACGCACCAUCUUCUCAAGAUGAUGAUGAAUUGGAAGAAGAUGAGAAAACUGCUUUCAUUCAGUCACCUAUGCAGCCCAAUGAGACACCUUCACAAAAUUCAACAGAUACUGAAGGUUCUGAUAAGGUUGCAGAGGUAAAACGAAAAAUCAUUGAGCAGUUAACCAAGACUAAAAAGGUGUUAACUGGUACAGUGGAUUCUAGGGGCAUUAAGCAUGUUCACCACCCAUCUGAAAAAGAAGCGGCACCAAAUGAUCCAUCUCUGGUUGAUGCAGAAGUCCCCGAGUCAGCUAAAUCAGGAGAUGAAAAACCACUGAAUGAUGACCUGAUUUUUGAAGAAGGUGGUGAAUCCUUUUUUGGGGAAGAGGGACCAUUUUCUCAAGAUGAUGAAGUGGAAGAAGAUGAGGAAACUGGCCCCACUCAGUCACCUGAGCAGCCCAGUGAUGUACCUUCAGAGAGUUCAGGAGAGGCUAAAAGUUCUUCUAAAAUGACGGAGCUCAAAUACAACAGCGAAGUCACAGAACAGAUAGCCAAGGCUAAAAAGGAAUUGACUGGCAUCGUUGAUUCUUGGGCCACUGAACCGCCACAUCUCCCAACUGAAGGCAAAGAGGAACCACAUGAUCUGGAAGAAGAUCCGGAUCAUGAAGAGUUACUUGAAGAUGAGAACGCUGUGCUGUCACACUUCGCCAACACACAGGAGGAUGUUGAGAAAGUGGACUUGACCCCUGAGGCUGUGGAAGCUGGAGCCGUGCCAGACGUGCUUUCACCACCGGCUCUCAGCCCUGUAGAGCCGGACGCUGGUACAACAGAAGUACCACCCACUGAUGAGUCAUCAAGUAGUAUUAGUGAUGCAGAAAAUAUUACAACUACUGAUGAAUCAUCAAGUAGUACCAGUGAUGCAGAAAACAUAACCGACACUACAGAUGCUGAGAGUUCCACUGCAAUUCCAGAUGAGCCAGAGUACAGUGACAGUGUUCUCAGAUUAACUCUGAUCAGGGACCACUUCAAAGAGCAAGACAUGGAACGUUUUCAGAAGUUUCUUAGUUUGAAACACUUGAUCCGGAUUGAGGCCAUGUUUCAGGAUCUCGAGCAGGAGCUGAAGUCUGCCAGGUUACCUCCGACAGACAACAGCGAGGACAUUGAGAGGACCCUUGAGGCUAUCCUUGAGGCCUCUGAGACCUCGAUCCUGGACGAGAUCGAAAAGAUGCUGGACAGCAGAGAACAGAGGCACUCUGAGCCGGAGGAGAUGGAAACCGGGAUGUUUGACGACGAGGCUGCCAUUCUGGAUGACUUCCAGGAGCUGGCGUUCACCUUGAGACAAAAAUACUCGACAGUGAGCGACAGUGUGCCGCUGGUCGCAACAGCUCAACAUGAACCUGUCACAGAGGAAGCAGAUCUGCACGAGGUUGUGGAAGACUCUGUGAACAACUUUACUGUGACGGAACCUGAUGAACCCAGUGACAUCGGUAAAGUGGAACACCAACAUACAUCAGAACCAAGCACCCACGGCAGCCUGCCUCACAGUCCAGACUUGGACAUUGAGGAGGAUGGGGGACAUAGAAACAAAGACAGCCAGGCAAGCCCCAAGGAACCAGACGAAAUCCAGAGAGGUCCGCAGGCUAUUUUGGAGAAUCCUUUGGACGUGGAAUUUGGCGUACCAUGGGAGGUGGAACGUCCGUCCUCAGGUUCAGUUGACCGCCACGUUUCAGAUUUCCAGGAAGAUGGACCUAAAAGUGAUACUAGCUCCACAUCAGUUUUUGCUGAAAUGCGGAGUACUCUACACUACUUUUCCCUGUAUUGGCAUUAUAUGGGACAGUAUGCUGAAAUGCUUGUAGCUACCUUGCCCGAACAUUGGAGGCCAGGCCCAAAUUUCCAUGGACUUCCCUGGGAGCCUGUACUGGCCACACUGGCUGUUGGAAUUCUCACGCUUAUUGCAUUUUUCUGGAAGACCAUUCUUGCUGUAAGGAGCAGAAGAUACCAAAUAACAGAAAAGCAGCUGUCAGAGAGAAUAAAGAAAAUGUUUCAUGAAAAAUCGGAGACCGCGAUCAAAAUGGCUGAAAUGAAAAAGCAGGCAAUAGAGUGGGAAAAACGUCUAAAGGAUUCUGAACAGUCCCAAAAAUCAUUACUGCAAGAAAAUAAAGAGUUAAAGAAAAUGAUGAAAGAAACAAGCGAACAACAAAAAGUCUUGACAGAGAAACUCCAGACGCAAGAAAAGAUGCUGGAGUCCGAGCAGAAGAAGACACAUGCCAUGAAGGACAUGCUUUCAAAGUCCAACCAGACAGUGGAGUCACUCCAGCAGAGCAUCACGUCGUACCAGAAAGAGCUGGCAAAGGUCCAGAUUCUAAUGGAUGAGUCAAAGCUCCGAGAGGAUGCCUUGAAAGCAGAGAUGAAGGCUUCAGAGAAAGAAAAUAACAAAUUAAAAGAGCUGAAGAACUCUCUGCAACGGGACCUCAAGGAAUGGGAAGCGAAGCACAAAGACCUGAAUGAGAAGAUCAGGGUCUUCCAGAGAUCCCAGAAAGAACUGGAAGAUGCUCUGGCACAGAAGGAAAACGAGAUUGAUAUUAUGACUGACUGCAUGGCUGAGCUGAGAUCUCUGGAGGCCCUCGAGGCUGAUGAUUCUCAUGGGGACAAGGGUUUGGCGAAUGGCAGUAACACCGCUGCCAAGAAGAAUGAGGCCAUGAAGGCCCACAUCAAAUCAAUGAUGGAUGUCUCAAGGGUCAAAGCCACUCUUUCUGUUGUUGAGGAUGAGCGAAACCGCUUCAUGACUAAGAUGCUUGAGGAGGAGAAGAUCAGGCAGAGCCUUGAGGAGCAAGUCCAGAAGCUGGAGCACGACCGCUCUGAGCUGGAGAAUGCCAAGAGCCAGCUGGAGAGCCAGCACAACACCCUGCAGCAGAAGCUCGAGAUCAUGAGCGAGAUGUACCAGCAGAAGGAGAGCGCUUUGCACCAGAAGUUGACUCGGGAGGAGCUUGACAGGAAGGAGAAGGAGAGCAAGCUGUCCGAGGUCGACCAAAAGACCCUCAAAGCAGCGGAGGAAGUGGAGAUCCACAAGCGGCGUAUCCAGGAGAUCGAGGAGGAGAUGGAGAAGACCGAGCGUUUCAACAAGAAUCUGAUUUCCUCACUCGAGAAGAAGUCCCAUGACAACUGGUUGGCAGCUCGGGCAGCUGAGCGAGCUCUGACUGAGGAGAAACGCGAGUCGGCUCGCCUCCGCCAGAGUCUGCAGGUUAGUGAGGAGAGGAUACAUGAGAAGUACAGGAGCCUACCAAAGCCCACCUCUGUCCACGCCGACCACGCACUGAGGAGAGGAGACUCGUAUGGGCCCUCUCCUGUAAGUGGAGGUGCCCCCUCCCCCCCUCCAAUGAUCGACGGGCCCGGCCGCCCCCCCUCUGCCCCUGUUGGACGACGCGGCGAGCCCCUGGGACCUCGACCCCCCUCUGAUCCUCACGGACGUUAUGCCGACCACGGCUACGCACCGCCCCUUCGACAUGACAUGUAUGCUCCACGCACCUCAUCUCCGGAUGGAUCGCAAACAGCCCCAGCGCCAGUAGAGGCUGAGGCUGAGGCCUCCACAGAGGCACCUGAUGCAAUCUCCAAGUCCCAGGGCCCAGGAUCCUUGCUUGUGUCUCCGAUAAGGGACUCCCCUGGUCCCAUGCCUCCAAAGGGCCAUGGACCACCACUUCCAGGCGGACGCCCUCCCAUGGGGCCUGCCCCACCCAACGGCUUGCCUCCCAUGAUGAGACCCAAUGGGCACCCGCCCAUGAGGUCCCCUGGACCCAUGGCUCAUGAACCACGCUACGGACCACCUCUCCCGGAUCAGCAUUUCGGACCACCUGGCUACGGACCCAGACCUGGUCCCAUGCCUGGACCCGGCUACGGACCUCCUCCACCUUUCAUGCGAGGCCCUACUCCACCGAUGCGCGACUAUCCACCCAUGGGACCUGCUUACGGACCAGACUACCCAUACCCACCACGCCACCCAUCGUCUGCAGCCAUGCUGCCCCCACACGGAGCCAUGCCACCCCACGGUGCAAUGGCGCACCCUGGCAUGAUGCCGCCUCCUCCACACGGCGAGCGGGACUUCCGCGGACCUCCACCACCCCUUGGCUACAGCCAGGGAGACCUUCGCUCGGACAACAGCGCUAAAACGGACAACUCUUCCCAACAGGCUCCUCCUGCCCAGCAGGAUUCCGCCUCCAUGGCUCUUGACCCUUGACCGACCCACGACCACGAGCCGGCAGCCCCAUCGCUGCUGGAUUUAAAAAAGUCUAGUUUUAAGAACAGACUUAAGCAUACCACAAAAAAACCCAUAAAAAAUACUCAAUUAAAGCAUCAUAAAAAGGCAGAUCUAGUUCUGUGGUUUUGGAUUUGUAAAACUUGCAACACUCUGGAUGAUGGCAAGAGUGGACAGCUACUUCAGUGUGGCCUAUUGUGCAAUAACACAUUUUUAAAUGUAUGCCUACGUUUUCUUUUUCUUUUUCUUUUCUUUUGAGGUUUUAAGAACAUAGGACACAUUGAAAGUAAGUGAGUUUAUUUUUUGUUUUUGUUUUUGUUUUCUUUUCUUUUUCACAAGUAUGGUUUCCUGUGGAAAUGCUUAGGUAUUACAGGGACAAAAAGACUAUUCGAUCCAGGCUGCACUUUAUGCAUCGUCCACUUGCCCCAGCCUCAAGCUUAAACGUGAAGAACUUCAAGGUGCCCUGUGUAGAUCUGGUGGUGAUGAAAUGCAAGUUUUGAUAUGUCCACUGAUUUCUAAGUUAUACAGCAAUGCGAGGUACCACACACACAAUCCUCUGUUAAUGUAGACAUAGUCUGUUUUUAAUAUAAAGUUUAAUUCAAACCGGCAUUUUCUGCUCCAAUCGAAAUGCAAAUUCAAAAACAGUAUAUACAUGUUUGCAUCUGCAAUGUUGAUUUAAUGGCCAGCUUAUGUUUUGUUUUAGAUUUUGUUGUGUUGAGAUUUUAUAAUGCUCCUGUCAUUUCUUUUCGAAGAGAGAAGACCAACAUGCUGUCAUAUUGACAAAUACCUGUACAUUGCCUUGACUGUAGAUGUAUAUAAAAUUAUUCAAAUCACCUGUGCAAAAAACAAUUGCUCUAUUGUUCUCUUUCACAUAAUCAGCCGAGGAAACAAGCUGCUUGUGUUAACGCUUCAUUAAAUGUGCAGUAACUCAGGUACAUAGUCAGCAAGUGUUGGUAGUUUUACUGAUCUGGAGGUGGCCAUGCCCACGUGGGCUAAUACAGAAGCAUUUCAGCAUGCGAGUCCUUUCUUUGGAGUGUGCUGUGUGGGGGCGUUUUAUAGAACAGAUUUUUGUACAUUAAAAUAUAACAACCUGUGAAGGCUCCAGUUGAUUUCUCAUGGCUAUCUUUGGUAAUUCAGGAAUAAGGGAAACUAAGAAUAAUGUAUUUUUUUUUACCUUUAAAUAAAGAUGAAGUGGAACAUU